AUGUGCGGACCCUGCUCGCCAUCCAGCUCCACCGCACCAUCUUUGGCGCAACAAGGCGGUCACGAAGUUCGCCAUCCUUUCGUCGCUGCUCCCCACGCUACAGGUUUGGAUGAUGCGUUAAGAGUGGCGUGCGGAUCACUCACCGGGCAGCUUGCAACCAACGCUCUGGUGGAUGGGCAAUACCGGGCCACAUUCCGCUCGGUCAAGAACGAAAGCGGGAUAUCAGCCGCUGUCAAAAACGUCAAAUUUUGGGUCGGUAUCGUGUGCCUCCACGUGAGCCUCGUGCUUGCCUAUCGGCGCGGAGAAGUGGCGCAAAAGGUCGUCAAGCGGGCAACUCCGUAA